CCCGUGUUGGAUUAACGUGGCCAUGAUAGUCACCGCGAAGUUGGUAGCCAUCGGCCUGAGCCUCGCGCUCACGGCCUUCACCGUAUCGACAAUUGUCCUGGCCGUACAGAAGUCGAGUCUUCAGAAUGAUUUACGCGAUGCCCAGGAGAAGUUAGAUCUUCUGGAGGCGGGGUUUACGAGCACGGCUGCUCCGACGACCACGAGCACUGUGAGUCCUGGCAGCACCAACAGUCCGAGUACCGAAGAUCCUGGAAUAAGUACUAGUUCAGAUACCACAUCCGAUCCUGGAAGUACUGCAUCGACAGGAAGCACAGCUUCUUCUGGAUCCACGGAAUCUACGGAUUCCACUACCUCUCCUGGAGCCACAGAUCCCACUGCCUCUACAGGAUCAACUGCCGCUCCUGGAAGCACUGAAACUACAGAUCCCACUGCUUCUCCUGGAUCUACUGCAUCCACAGAUCCGACUGCUUCUCCUGGAACUACUGCUUCUCCUGGAACUACUGCUUCUCCUGGAACCACUGAAGCGCCAGAAGAAAAGAUUGAUUACCGAUUACCCGGCAAUUUGAAACCCACCCACUAUGAUCUCUAUCUGUCCCCAAACAUUGAGACGGGUGAAUUCGGUGGACAGGAGACCAUCACAAUUACAGUUGUGGAGGCCACCGAUAAGAUCGUCUUGCAUUCCCUCAACCUGAACAUCACAAGUGUGUCCAUAAUGAACACGGGCAGUAAUACCUUAGAGAUCCUGGAGAUAACUUUGGAUCCCAUCAGGGAGUUCCUGAUAUUCCAGUUGAGUGAACCUCUUACCCAGGGCAGGGAAGUGUCUCUGCAUAUUGGGUUCGAAGGAUCCAUGGCCAACAAGAUUGUGGGUCUGUACAGCUCGUCGUAUUUAAAGGAGGAUGAGACCCGCAAGUGGAUUGCCACCUCCAAGUUUGAACCCACGUAUGCUCGUCAGGCUUUUCCCUGCUUUGAUGAACCGGCAUUGAAGGCCGCGUUCACCAUAACCCUGGUACAUCCUUCUGGGGAUGAUUACCAUGCCUUGUCUAACAUGAACGAGGAGUCGUCUGUCUAUCAGGGAGCCUUCCAGGAGGUUACCUUUGCUAAGAGUGUUCCCAUGAGCACCUACCUGGCCUGCUUCAUUGUCUCCGACUUCAAAGCCAAGAAGGUGGACAUUGACACCAAGGGUAUUGGAGAAACAUUCACCAUGAGCGUCUAUGCCACUCCAGAGCAGCUGGACAAAGUGGAUCUUGCCGUGGAUAUUGGCAAAGGAGUUAUUGAGUAUUACAUCGACUACUUCCAAAUUGCUUAUCCGCUACCGAAACUUGAUAUGGCUGCCAUUCCCGACUUCGUCUCCGGCGCCAUGGAGCACUGGGGAUUGGUCACUUACAGGGAAACCUCGCUAUUGUACGAAGCGGAGACGAGUUCCGCGACCAACAAACAGCGCAUUGCAAGCGUAAUUGCCCACGAAUUCGCUCACAUGUGGUUUGGAAACUUGGUAACCAUGAACUGGUGGAACGAUCUUUGGCUAAAUGAAGGAUUCGCUAGCUUCAUAGAGUAUCUCGGCGUGGACGCCGUCUACCCAGAAUGGCAAAUGCGCGAUCAAUUCAUUGUGAGCACCCUGCAUGCCGUGCUUACUUUGGACGGCACCCUCGGCUCCCACCCAAUUAUCCAGACCGUGGAGAAUCCUGAUCAGAUCACAGAGAUCUUUGACACCAUUACCUACUCAAAGGGUUCCUCUCUUGUCCGCAUGUUGGAAGAUUUCCUGGGAGAGACCACCUUCCGACAGGCUGUAACCAACUAUCUGAACGAGUACAAGUACUCCACGGCAGAAACGGGUAACUUCUUUGCUGAGAUCGACAAACUGGAACUGGGCUACAAUGUCACAGACAUUAUGCUAACCUGGACAGUGCAGAUGGGUCUGCCGGUGGUCACGAUCGAGAAGGUCUCCGACACGGAAUACAAAUUGACGCAGAACCGCUUCUUGUCCAAUCCGAACGACUAUGCCGAAGAUCACGAGCCCUCGGAAUUCAACUACCGGUGGUCGAUCCCAAUCACAUACACCACCAGUUCGCAGUCGGUGGUGCAACGUCAAUGGUUUUAUCAUGGCCAGAGCGAAAUCACUGUAACCCUUGAGGCUCCCGUCCAGUGGAUUAAAUUUAACGCUGAGCAGGUGGGUUAUUACCGCGUUAAUUACGAUACCGAACUUUGGAACAAUCUGGCCAAUCAACUGGUGCUUGAACCAAGUUCCUUCAGCGCUGGAGAUCGGGCUUGCCUUCUCAACGAUGCCUUCGCCCUCGCCGAUUCCACUCAGUUGCCCUAUGAAACGGCCUUUGAGUUGACCAGGUACUUGGACAAGGAGGCUGAUUAUGUUCCCUGGAGCGUGGCUGCUUCCCGUCUGACUUCCUUGAAGAGAACUCUGUACUAUACCACCAGCUAUGCCAAGUACAAGAAGUACGCCACUGCCUUGAUUGAGCCCAUCUACACGAAACUGACCUGGACCGUUGGCGAGGACCAUUUGGACAAUCGCCUUCGUGUAACCGCUUUGAGUGCCGCUUGUUCCUUGGGUCUAGAAUCAUGUCUUUCUGAAGCCGGAGAGCAGUUUAAGACAUGGCUGGCAAAGCCGGAGGAUCGUCCAAAGGCUGAUGUGCGUGAGACUGUCUACUACUAUGGCAUUCAGUCUGUUGGGGAUCAGGAAGAGUGGGAUGCAGUUUGGGAGCUCUUUGUCAACGAAACUGAUGCCAGUGAGAAGUCCAAGCUGAUGUAUGGUCUGGCUGCCAUAGAAAUUCCCUGGAUCUUAAAACGAUACAUUGAUCUAGCCUGGAAUGAGGACUACGUGAGGGGUCAGGACUAUUUCACUUGCCUUACCUAUAUCUCCGCCAAUCCAGCGGGUGAACCCUUAGUCUGGGAUUAUGUCCGGGAGAACUGGCAACGGCUGGUGGAUCGUUUUGGUCUGAACGAGCGGUAUUUGGGCAACCUGAUACCCUCAAUCACGGCACGCUUCAGUACCCAAACCAAGCUGGAGGAGAUGGAGCAGUUCUUUGCCAAAUAUCCGGAAGCUGGAGCUGGCACAGCUGCUCGAGUGAGAGCCCUGGAGACGGUCAAGAAUAACAUCGUUUGGCUGGCCGAGAAUCUGGAGGGCGUGGACGCCUGGCUGGACAAACAGCAACUGUAGGAAAGUCCGAGGAGGAAGUGGUCUUGCGACCAUCGAUCGCAUUAAAUUUUGUACUCAUCUAAUUGCCAUUAUAAAGCAAAAAUAUGCCGAACAAGUGGAAAUAAAGAUAAGCUAGUUAUGGGGAAAACUGAAAUUACAGAUCAAUAAAUAAGCAAUUAUCCAUUUGGUUGAUUGAUAACAAUGUUA